AUGGCUUGGAGAAGUCAUGGCAUAAAUAAUGUCGAUAUGGUGCGAAAUUUAAGAGCGAAUGGAAUAAUUAAAUCCGAUGUUGUAGCAAACGCAAUGAUAGCUGUUGAUCGGAAGAAUUAUUGUCCGCAUUCACCUUAUCACGACUCACCACAGUCAAUUGGAUACUCUGCUACCAUCAGUGCGCCACACAUGCAUGCACAUGCACUAGAGAGGUUGAAAAAGCAACUGAUACCUGGAGAAAAGGCAUUGGAUGUAGGCUCUGGAUCUGGUUAUUUGACAGCAUGUAUGGCAUUCAUGGUUGGUGAGACAGGCAGAGUUAUUGGAAUUGAUCAUAUUUCAGAAUUGGUAUCUUUGGCAACUAAAAACAUAAAACAAGAUAACCCUGAAUUGCUAUCAUCAGAAAGAAUUAAACUAGUUGUUGGUGAUGGACGUUUAGGAUUUCCUUCAGAGGCUCCUUAUAAUGCAAUUCAUGUUGGAGCUGCAGCUCCCACUUUACCCCAAGCUCUUGUAGAGCAAUUGAAACCGGGGGGUCGUCUGAUUGUCCCUGUAGGACCAGAAGGGGGAGAACAACAUCUUACUCAGGUGGAUAAAGCUCUAGACGGCACAACUUCAGUGAAGAAAUUGAUGAGUGUGAUUUACGUGCCCCUCACCGACAAGAGCCACCAGCGCCGUGAG